AGUAUACUUACAGGCUUUUUACGACGACCGCAAAUUUACUGAGAAUAUACAACCGAACAGUAGUUAUUAUCGACAUCCUGUGGCCUUGCAACUGCUAUAAAAGAAGGCAUAUCACAAACAACGCUUCGUCCCCAAACCGCGACUUGGAAACAUUGCUAGCAAAAGCGACAGCAGCUAAACCUACUGGGACCCCACAGCUACAAAAACCUCUGAAACUUCUGCAGCACCGCGCCAAUCCGCUAUGUAUAGAAGCUACAGCCCGAGUGAAAGCAACCAAGUAGCAGUCGUUCCUCGCUCGUCGUCCUUCAGCCCAUCCGCCUUCCACGGGUCUCCAACAUCUGCCUUUGCCGACGACUUCGGCUGCUCGCCUCCUCCGAAGCGCCCCCGCAACUGCGUACCCACCACCAGCGCCUCGGCCUUCACCUUCGCCGAGUUCGCCGACCUGAUCGCAGAUUCGUCUAGCGCUCCGCUGUUGUAUUCCAGCAGCAGCUCCCUCUCUCCGCCCACGCCGUUCAGCAGCGACUCUCCGAGCUACCCCGCGGCAACCGACGGGUACCAGCCGAGCGGUUUCGACGCCAUACAGCAGCAGCAGCAGUGCGAAGACUCCAAAGUCGACCUGGCUAACUUCCUCCAGUCGGUCGAAGCCAUGCAACAUCAGCAGCAACAGGCUCAACAGCAGCGGCAGGGAAGGCUUGCACCAGGCAUGGACAUUACCACGCCUGCACUGAGUGAGAAGGACUACUCCAUAGUGGUCCACCAGGAACCAGAAGAGUACUAUAGAGCUCGCUACGAGACUGAGGGAAUCCGAGGACCUAUGAAGGGAAGGGAAAACAACCAUCCUGCAGUUAAGAUUGUUGGACCCAUGACAUACUCGGGUACCGUGAGAGUGAGUCUGGUACACGAGGAUGGGAGCAAGCAUGGCUCCUGCUUCCUGGAUGAGACCAAAGAUCGCCAGAAGGCACUCUCCAAGAAGAUUGACCCUCAGUCCAACAUGAUUGUCGAAUUUGAAGACCUGAGGAUCAGGAGAGAGACAAAGUCAAAGAACUACAGCAAGGAGGGUGGCAGGAAGGCCGACAAGGCAAAGAGUGCUCGCAACGACAAGACAGCCUGUCUGCGUUUCGUCGCCACUCUUCAACUGGCUCCCGAUCGCGAGAUCAAAGUACAAGUCCUCUCCAAGCCCAUCCAACUCUGUGCUCCACCAGAAGGUGCAGAGUUGGAGUGGCUCAUCCCCGAGUACGGCCAUGCCAACGGCGACGAAAAGAUCGUCAUCAAAGGCACAAAGAUGACAUGUCGUAAGUUCUACACACUUUCCACUAAACCUAUCUAUGACUAUGUAUUGCAUAACAGCUUUGCUAAGGCACAUGGUGCUUACUUUCUGUUCCUCUUCUCUCCACACAGCCAAAGUUACUUUCACUGUGAUGCUCCCCGACACACAAGUGGUGGAGCUGCUUGGCCACGUCGACAAGGAACAGUCGCACCAGAAUGUACUGGUUGUGAAGACACCUCGUCUUCCCGAUGAGCUCAGAAAUUACCAGGGGCCAACCCUCAAGGCUGAGGUCAGGGUGUCCAGUGGACGUGCAGGAACAUGCAGCGCACCACUCCCCUUCUACUACAUCCCCAAUGGUGUGUGCCACACCUGCAGGCAGACUCUGCCAGCUCCGGUCCCCGUCCAGCAGCCUCCCUUCAUUCCCUACUCAAUCACCAACUGCAGUCCCGGAAUCUUCUUUGCCACUGGGGGCUCCUCCCCCGGGCAGCAGUGUGGGAACAUACCUGGUUUCCCACCGUUCCAAGAGAUGCCACCCCAGGUGGCCUAUCCACCACGCCAGUGCCAGGAACAGAUGGUGAACACAUCCGUCACCCUCUCCCACCCACCGUCCAUCUCGAACGCCUCAACACCCUCGCCCAUCCCAGCUCCGGUUUCCUCGGCCUCGCACAGGGACAGCUUCCAGCAGUUGUUUGAGAAUCCCGCCGUUCCCACUACCACCACGGUUGCAGGCGCUACGGCCGCUCUGUGCACGCAGAGCCCCAACCUCUCCCCCACCUCCAGUCCAGGCCCAGACAGGACACCUUACUGGAACAUGGGUCCUCACUCAGUCUCCAUCACCACCCAGCCCCAGGACUCCAUCCUCACAAUGCCCGACUUUCGGAGUAUCUCAACAAGCUCCCUGGUGACCUCGCCCGGUUCCGAACCGGUUUACAGCGCCGUCCCAAGCCCAGACACGACCACACACAUUUACACGCCGAUGCAGAUGGCUGCGUAUCUCGAAGACCCCAACACACAGUACCGUCAGUCUUGAUGUUGUUUUCCUUUGAAGAACACCAUGCUCUGUUGUUGGAUGUUUUUUCAUCUGGAACCGUUUAUUUCUUUGAAAUGAGUUUGCUCUCUAGACUUUUCCUCCAGUGGGGUGUUUCACUACCUACUUUUCCCAUUUUGUGUGCAUUGCCAACUUUAUCGCCUUCUUAAGCACUGUUGUUGUUGUUGUCUCUUGAAUACAAAUCUCCUGGUAAGGGGAGAUUGGACAGAUGUAUGUAGAGGCUUUACCGGCCUAUUAUAUAUAAAGCAUGCCUAUCAUCUAAACAGUAAUUCAUUAGAAUGAAAACUAACUUCAGAACUCUGAAAAUAUUUUAUUGCUGCACUAUAAUUAUUAUUAUAUCUUCUGCACCAAGGUUUCAUUUUUUCGAAACCGACCAUUUCACUGCUAUUGUAGUCACCCAUUAUGAUAUCAACCCACAUCAAGGUCAUAUUAAUUACACCACAAUUUGUAAUUGCACAUUUAUAUUUAAAAAAGUGUUUUUUCUGCACAAAACUCUGGUUAACAAGAAAACGCUGAUCCCAUGAACCAAACUCAAACAGGAAGUGAAAAUUAUUAUCAUACACACCACUCGGCACUUUCCAAACCAAAAUUUUGAGAUUAUAGGAGAGAAUCUAGCACAGACACCCUGCUGUAAUAGCUAAAAAGUGAGAUCUUAAUACUGGCACU